AGACUUUCAAUGCACUUUUACCUUUGCAUUUUGGCCAAGCGAACCGCAUUCUUGACUUGGACAAGAUGGGCAAGAGCACAAACAGCACAAAGAAAACUGCGCGGAAGCACAGAACAGAUCCGACGGGUCUCAGCGGACCACCCGUCGUUCUCUCGUCGUCUUCCUUGCAACAGCAGGAACAAACCCCAGGAAUCCUCCCUAUCGUCAAGAAGCUUGCUUCUUUCUCUCCAGAAGACCGCGCCUGGGCCGCUACCGCCUUGUCAAACCUAGUUCUUGACCAAGAUACACGCAAGAAACUGUUGAGCGGAGGGUUAGUCGAUGCUUUGCUGAGACUCUUGAGUGAUCCACAAGUGGAGGUGGCUUUGGAAGGAGCUGGGGCUUUGAGGAAUUUGGCAGUCGUUGGUGGUGAGGACGUUUGCAAAGAGAUGUUCAAAAAGAAUGUUUUGACGCCGUUGCUUGCGUUGACGCCCAAGAUAAGCGAGUGGAUCGCAAAAGUCCUUAGUGGAGAACCAACCACAGACAAGACAGAGCAAACACAGCGUCGUGUCGCGUUUGAUUUUGCAGAGCAAGUUGUGGCUCUCUUGUGGAGUUUGAGUGAGACUCUGGACGACGCAGUCAAGACCAUUACCACAUCACCCAUCAUCCCCUUCCUUAUGGACAUUAUUAACCCCGCUCACAACGUUCCCUGGAGCCUAGUCCAAGUAGCUGCCCAAUGCCUCAAUACCCUCACAGAAGACAACAUCCCCUGCCACAACUACUUCACCUCACACCCAGAGUACACCACCCUCCUUGCAUCUAUCGCAUCUGGCACUGUACAAGCGUACACAGUUUGGGACGAGAACCGGAUCCUUCUUCGAGCGCUUUCGGCAGGUAUUCUAUACAAUGUUCGGUCGACCGUUCCCGAAGAACAGCAACAUCAAUUGUAUGUUGCAAUGGUAUCGGGGGUGACAAGUACUCUGGACUACGACGUCCCGGGUGCCAUCCAAACGGCAGCAAAUGUUGCCAAAGCAAUGAGCGAGACCUCGAUGCCCGACAUGAAGGACGGGGAGGAAAUGGACGUGAGUAAAAUGAACGAAAAAGAAAACCACAAGCUUCAGUCCAUUGGAUCAAAUUUGGAAACGCUUCAACUCUCCCUUGAGAUUCUUUCCAAUAUAUUUUCCGACGACAUGCCCAAUUCUGAUGCAUGGGAAGAUGCUUCUCAGACUAGCAACGAUGAUGAAGAAGAAGUAGACGAAGCGAUCACAAUGAUGGAAAACGAUACAGACGUCCAUGACAGUGGAAUGGAUAUUGAGCCGUCCAACGAUCCCCGUCUCCCAAUCCUGCAAUCCCACCCCACUCUCCUCGCUACUCUACUCCGUCUCAGUAUCCCCCAGCAAGCACCUACUCUCACGCGCCUACAAAACCUUCAAAAUAGAGCACUGACAGCAUUGACAAACAUUCUUUCUACGUCGGCGGGACAGAAGGCUCUCAUGGCUACCCCCAACCCCGAGCAGCUUUGGGUAGAGCUAUUCACCAUCGCCCAACAAUCGAAUGGAGAAACACUUGAAGCAUGUGUUGGCGCUCUAUGGGCUUUGGCGAGAUGUUUGGAAGGCACUGGGAAGAUUAUCCCGACCGUUGAGCAGAUUGAUAGAUUGUGUGAGGGAGCGAAACAGGGCGAUGAAGCCGUUCAAAGCAAAUGUGUAGGUGUAUUGGGUGUUUUGGCUAAAGUGCAGGGAAACGUCGAGAUGAAUCGGAAAAUCGGUCACACACUCGUCAACCACCUCCCCACAGCCCCUGUAACCGUCGUCAUCGAAAUCCUCAACGCCCUUUUUGAUAUUUACGCUGAUGCGUCCUACGAUUAUGACCUCCCCGUCUUUGUUGAAGGACGGUUUCUGAAAACCCUCAUGGAACUGAUACCCGUUUUGAGAACAAAAGUCAAAACGGUCGACAAGAGGCGAUUCAGAGAUGUCCGUGAGGCUGCUGAUUUGGCUAUUGUAAAUUUGAGGGCUUUUGUCGAAUAUAAGCGGACUGAGAGGGCUUGAAAUUGGGGUAGUGGAAGCUAUUUAGAGCUUUUUCUCGAUGACUGGGAGGACAUGUGUGAAUCAAUGUGUACCAGCAUUUGUAAUGUCAUUCAUGUUUUUUUCAUAAUUUAUUAUUUCAUUAUAAAAACCCACCAAGAUGAACGCACCAAAAAAAAAGAAAAACUAUACCAACAAGACCAAAACCCGCAUGAAAACAAACAAUCAUUCCA